UCAAAAUGGUGGACACGUAUGUGCCAAAUUCUUGACCUACUUUCUGGCAGAUAAAAAUACGUUACAAUAUUUACAACUUUAAAAUGUCGGACUCAGAGGAUGAAGUCCCCGACAAGCAGUUGAAAAUUGUUAUAAUUGGGGACGGUGCCUCCGGCAAGACAUCCCUUGCCACUCGUUAUGCCCAGGAGCAGUUUGGGAAGCAGUACAAGCAGACCAUCGGUGUGGACUUCUUCCUGCGAAGGAUAGUGCUGCCAGGGAAUGUACAUGUGGCCCUGCAGGUAUGGGAUAUCGGAGGGCAGACCCUCGGAGGGGCCAUGUUGGAAAACUACAUCUAUGGCUGCCAUGGUGCUGUGUUGGUAUACGACAUCACAAACCACAACAGUUUUGACAACCUGGAUGACUGGUUUGGAUCCAUCAAGAAAGUCCUGGGCAAGGAAAGGAUGCCCCACCUGGCUCUUGUUGGCAAUAAAAUUGACCUGGAGCACAUGCGCACUGUGAAGGUGGAGAAACACCAGAAGUUUGCCCAGGAGCGGAGCAUGUCUAGUCACUUUGUGUCUGCCAAGACUGGAGACUCGGUGUCUAUAUGUUUCCAGAAGGUAGCUGCAGAAAUUCUGGGCAUCAAACUGACCAAGCCGGAUGUGGAUCAGCACCAUCGCGUUGUGAAAGCAGAAAUAGUGAACUAUACCAAACAGGAGGAAAGUGCAGCCAGGCAUAUACCACAGACCACCACAAAAACAUCCAUCUGCUCUCUACAAUAGCCAUGCUUGCAUAGUUUUAAAUUUAUUGAAUUUAAUUUAAAUUCUGGAAAAAUGGGUCUUAAAGCAUUUGUGUUAAGUGUUGUCACAGAUAAGCUUGUGCAUUCUGCAGACUGCAAUAUCUAAUAUUGGACAACAUGUUAUGCACACGACUUUAGUUCCCUGAGUGCACCUCACAUAAUUUAAUUAUUAUGAAUUUCAGGGAUUUUUAAGAUGUCCUGAAAUUGGCUUCAAUGGGAAUUUGUAAUUUCUCAUUCUAUGGUGUAUUUGGGAUAGGUCUUUAGUCAUUGUGCAGUUUACAGCUACAGAUCAGUUGAUGAUGUCAUCAAAUUCAGCAGUUUUGCCAAGAAAACUUGAUUUUUUAAAAUUGCAACUUUAGAGAAUAAUUUGAUUCACAAAAAUCUGCUGAUGUCAGUUGAUGGAAUUGCAGGUUGUAAGUACAAACAAUGUAAUGUGUGAAUUAUUUAAGGUUUAGCAAUAUGUUUUAUAAAAAACAAUUGUGCAACUGGUUGUUUCUGUUGUUGAUACGGAGGUUAAACAUAGCUGCAUACAGAAUGUUAGUUGAGGGAAAGUUUGUAAUUUGCUUGCUCUCCUGCCCUGAGAUUUGUCAUAAUGUUUUAAGACACAUUUGAGCCUUGUAUAGUGAAAACUAGCCUUAAUACAAUGUAUGUAAAGUAAUGUCCCAGAUUAGCCUGUGUAUAGGGACAACACUUUUCACCCAGACUUGAUUUCUGUUUAGAAAAAACUUCCUGAUAAAGAAAAAUGGCAUAAAAGCAAAAUGUAUCGCAUGUGUUAAGGUUAAACUUCAACUUUUAAGUGAUGGAGUACUUUGUUCAUAGACUGGGCAUCAUGGUUGGUUUUGUUUACCAGGCGCUACAUGUGCUUUACUCAUGGAAUGUUGUUGAAAGCAUCUUGCAGUCUACAGUGUGAUACUGUCGGUAUUUGUUUAGUUACUAAAUAAUGCUAUUCUGUUUUUCAAUGAAAAAAUAGAGGCUAUUAGCAUUCAAAAGCCUCCAAGCCUAGGCUUUUUUUCUGAUAUAAUUUAGUGAAUUAAAAAAUAAAAUAAAGUGUUUUCUAUUAAUUAUUAUGAAACCAUGACGAUACAAUAACAUUUUUCUUCAUAAUAAUACUAACCUUUUCUGUAUGAAAUUAAAUGUAAUGUUCUUGAAUAUCAAUUAAAGACUGUAAAGUCAUUUUUAUUCCACACAAAAUCGAUAGGUGUUAGCGAAUGUAUCAUAUUGAUUUGUCUUUUAUGUGUUGACAUUGUGACAUAUAUCAGUUUAUAAAGUUGUGUAAUUCUGUAACGUAAACUAGUUUUAACUCUGUAUGAUAACUCUUAACAUAAAUGAUUCUUGUGUUGAAAUUCAUGUGAUAGAAACUGAAAAACAGAUUAGUUGCAUAGAAGGCUUUGUGUGUAUAAAAAUAUCAACAUACGAGUCUCGCUUUUGGAAAACGGGUUUAAUGAUUGUGCAUUAUGUUUAAUCAGAGACAGGCUAAUCAGAGACGGCACUUUCAUGGAAUUGUGUUUGAAAGAAAGUCUCUCUUUAGCUAAAAUCUAGUUUCAGCAGAAAGUGUUGUCCCUGAUAAGCACAUACUGCGCAGGCUGAUCUGGGGCGACACAUUAUACACAUGCAUUAAAACCUGUUUGUCCCAGGGUGAGGCUUAUAUGUUUCAUGACAUUCAACCUAUUUUAUCUGGUGUUAAUAAAUACACAAAUUAUGCAGGAAUUUUGCAGUUUCGAUUAUAAUGAAUGCUGCCAAUUGUUUCACCUUGUAGUUGUCAUGCCCUUAAAUCCUUGAUGAAUUACAUGUAAAAACUAUUAAUUGAUACAUGUAGUAUUUAUCUAUGAAUGUUCAAUUCAUUAGUAUGAAAUUAUUAAUGUAUUUUAAUCAAUAGGGCUGGUCCCUUUUUGCUUUGUAUAGUAUGUCAGUAUUUUCUUCCUGUCCAAUGAUUUUGCUUGCUGCACUUUUGUCCAACCCUUUUGGCCCCUGUUGGAUUGUAUAUGGCCCCUGUGGGACUGUAUUUGGCCCCUGUGGGACUACAUGUGGCCCCGCGGGACAUUUUGUUCACAUUUUGUUAGUAAAUUCUUUUGUGACUUCUCCUUGUAUAACUAGAAUGUGUUCCAUUGUAUCAUAUUUUUACAUGUCUUGUGUUGUGAUAUAUUGCAUGUCCACAGGGUUCUUUUUCACAUGUGCUGUGUUUUGUUACAUGUCAUUUUUGUUAUGUCUUCACUCUAAGAUCUUGUUGCUGUGGAUUUAAGAAGAGAUAUUAUUGUAUAAGGCCAUCUGAUUAUAACUUUUUUAUCCCACUUUUACAGCAAAUUCGGUUGAUUAAAGCCCCGUCGAUUAAAUAUCAUCUAUAAUCAACGGCAGGAAAUGACAUCAAUAUUUCGACGAAAUGACGUCAUAAAUCCAGCAAAUUAUCCAGUCUAACUAAUGUUGUUUAAACAAAAAGGUUUACAAAAUAAAAAGUGGGAUAAGUAGAAUGAUAGAUUAGUGUUGAUUAUACAUCAGGUUUAUCAUGCUCGGCACGAAAACGAAAAAAGCACUCGCCAAGGCUUGUGCUUUUUGUUUUCUAAGCCUCGCAUGAUAAACCUGAUCUAUAGUCAACACUAACCUAUUAUUCUCUAUGAAACUUUUUCUUGUGUUAUUUCAAAUAAAAAAUUUUGCUUAUUUGAUUAAACAGAUUUUGUCAUCUGAUUAUUUUAUACAGUGGUAGCAAAAUUGAUACUAAUGUGUUUCUAGCACACAGUCAUCUUUAACUGAUGAUUCUUUUAUUCAUUGUAGGUAUCCAUGACUACCUCAUGAGCCUAAGUCUGGAAAAACUUGACUUAAUGCACAUGCUAAAAGUGUCUCUGAUUAGCCUGUGCCAACUGCAAAGGCUAAUCUGGAAGGACACUUACUGCAUGUGCAUUAAGCCCAGUUUUCCCAGAACGAGGUUCAUAUCAUCUUCAUUCAGUAGCCACACUGUAUGCAGUAUUUAAGAUUUGAAACAUUUUUGGUUUUAAUUUUCUUAAUAUAGGGCAGUUGCACAGAAUGAACUUUAUUUAUGAUCUUUCACUUGCAGAUUGGAGUGUUGAACGUAUUGGUUUAUAGCAGCUGGCUGCUUUCAUAAUCUUAGUUAAAUUGUAUAAUGUGUUGACAUACCACCGUGUUUGUAGAUGACAUGAUUUUCUUUUUAUCAUAUUAAUUAAAUGAGUUACAACCACUUGAUUUUUUUACAAUAGUUGGGCUUAGUUAAAACAUGUAUACAAUGUAGUUCCUGUUUCUCUCUAUUUCUUUUCACUUUAUUAAAGGAACUUGUUCACAGUUUUUACAUUUUUUGCUUACAUGAGCAAAACAAACCCAUGGUGGGAUUUUGUGAUCACAUUUUUUUGGUUGUUUGUCAUGGAUCUUUAAUAUUUACCUUGUUUUCAUGAAUCCUGGUCAGAACAUUUGUCUAUGAUACCUCGGCCAUUUGAAACUGGGUCACACGGGUUCAAUAACUAGGUCACUAGGUCAACUAAUAGAAAGCUUUCGAACACUCUGGAAGUCACGUGUUUUCCCCAAUCAUUAUUAACCUUGCUCAUAACAUUUGUUCUUAUGAUAUGUCAGCUGAGGUCCAUUGGCUGCCAUGGCUGGGAGCAGUUUUCCAGAUAUUGCUGUAGUAAAACAUAGUGACCACUCUAGAGGUCAAAUUGUUUGCCCAAUCAUUAUGAAACUCGCUCAGAACAAUAGUUAUAAUGAUAUAUGGAUAGAGUUGGAAAAUGCCCGUGUCUUCUUUUUCUUAGAAAAAAAGAUGGCUGCCAAAGUCGGUUAAGUUAUAAUUAUAUUGCAAUUGUAAACCUUAUGAACACUCCCAAUUUUUGUCAAACCUAAAUUUUUGUCAAACCAUAAUGAAACUUGCUUUUUGUCAUGACAUCUUGACAUAGAGUAAGAAAAUGUUUCAGUUCAUUUAAAAGAGCUGCUUGUGUUGGGUAGGCAGUUUUCCUAAAACUAAAGUAAAACAUUGCAAGCUAUGUACAGUUAAGUUCAUGUGGGUCUCAGGUGAGCAUCUUAGGUCCUUUGAUCCUCUUGUUUGAAGUGUAUCAUUACACAAUACAUUUAGUGCAAUCUAGGAUUUCAGUAUUUCAAUUAGAAUAUAAUUUAACCUAAAAAGUUGUUUUAUGUUGAUCCCACCAUGAUUCGAACAGAAUUGUUGCCUUGAUAAAAAUGUAUUUGCCAUUAACUCUUGGCCAUCUUAACAAUUAUAUUGCAUCAUGCAUAUGAAGAUCAAGUUUAUAUAUAUAAGUUAUAUCAGGGUUCUCAAUAAGAGCCGGCCGCCGGCCAAAUUGGCUGUUUGAAAUCAGAUUUUGGCCGGUUGAAAAUCGCUCAGAAUCGGAAAAUCGGCAAUUGACUUUUCGAAAUGUGCGUGUCUUUUCGGUACUUUGCUCCUUUUUGUUGCUAUUAAGCAAAGACGUCGCUUGAUUAUCUCCCUUAACGCAUUACAAAAACAACAACAAUGAAAAGGCGCAAAUUGGAAUCGGUCAAAAACCAGUCAAAUAUUUUGACGUUCUUUUUAUCACAUGGUGAAUUUUUGUUCCUGAUUGCUUGCGUUCUUUGUGUUAAUGCAAAGUUGUUGUUUAUGUGAAAGUUUAUUUUAAUUCAGUUACGUUUCAAACUAGAAGUGUCAUAUAAAAUGUGCAUGCGAGAAGGACGAUCAAGCCUAUUCCCCAUUCCUGUAGGGCCGAACUAAGGCCCCAUUCCCAAUCCAAAAUUGAAGCUUUUUCCUUAUCUGAAUGAAGUGUCCCAAUUGGAACCUUGUGCAAAAAACACCGUCAAAAUCGUAAAAAUUGACCCUAAAAAUGCAAUUACGUACCCGAAAGUCGUUUUUAUCCGAAUUACUUUAUUUGUAAAAAAAUCGCAUUUUAUAUGAGUUAAAAUCUUACAAAAGUGAUAGAGCUUUUUUCAUUUAUCUGUUGUUAGUUAAAAAAGCUAAAAUUCAUAAAAUGCACAAAAAAGCUCAAAUGUAAGUGCCUUGUUGACCAUUUAAAAAGCCAUAUAAUGGCCCAAAAUGCAUGGAAUCGAGUGCUCAAUUUUAAGGGAGAGCAGGCCCCUGGGCCCCCUUAGAAGGUCUGUUGGUUUUACAUUUUGGACUGUUGGCACAAAAGUUAUUGAGAACCCUGUAUAUACAUGUUGACGCAGAUUGUCACAAAAAUAACAGAAGCACUCCAAUUAUUUCAUUGUUUCAUUUCAGUUACUCUUGAUAAUAAUAUCAAUUUCAAGUGUUGAAUACUCAUACAUGAAGAGGUAUUUCCUGUUUAUGUCCAUGUCUGUCAUGUAAUUUUGCUUCCUUGUGUACAAUAUUCCUCUCUCUUUUUUAAUCUUUAACAAAAAUUUGGAAUAAGAUCACUUUGUCAAACUGUGAACAAGUCCCUAUAGAGCAGUCUGCAGGUAUACUUCAGUUGCAGGAAGAGAUCUGAUGUUUCUGUGCUCAUAUCAUCAGGUAAUGUUGAUUUUUUAAACUCAUUUUUUGAAAAUUAGUUGUUAUGUGUACAUUUGAGAUAAGUACACAUAAACUUUGCUUUUGGUUACAUUGCAUUAUGUCCAUAAAACAUUUUCAACUAUAUAAUAUAUGCGCCAUGUGUCUGAAAUGUAUUUCAAACUACUAAUAUAACUGAAAACUAUACAAAAUAAUGCAUUUAUUCAUUUUUUAAUGGUGUGUUACAUUUACAAUUGCACAUAUAAGAAUUAUCAUCUCACCAUUUGUGUAUAUAUAUACAAAGACUUAUCAUGUAUAUUGACAAGUCUUUGAUAUAUAGAGGUCCUCUGCAUUUUGUCUUUAGUUAGGUCUAUAUUGAAUAUUGCUGAUUUAAAUCUCCAUGACUCCUUCUGAUCUACAGAAACUAAGCGUAAUGUCUUUGUUAAUAUUGCAAGUUAAAAUGUUAAACUGUUACCGGGGGUCAGUGCUAAGUUAUUUUUGUUGUUGAUUGAAGCUUUAUCUCCUGUAAUUUUACUUGAAAGCAAUAUUGAGUUUGUUGUAGGGGUCAAGGAUACUAAUGACCAAUACAAUAUUAUUGUGUAUAUAUUAGUGUAUUUUUAGCUCUACUGGCCAUAUGCCAGAAGAGCUUAUGGGAUGGCAUGGUGUCUGUCUGUCUGUGCGUGCGUGCGUUAGACUUUCUCUUGUUUAUCCGAUAAAGUCCACAUUUUUCAUCCGAUUCUUUUCAAACUUGUUCAGUAUGUGAUAUAAAUGAGGUCUCGAACCCUAUUUAAAAUGGGUAAUAUCAGAGUAAAAGUCCAGAAUGAUCUCCCCUUGAAUUUGAGAAAAUUGUGAAAUAAGGCUUGUUUUGCAAUAAGGCCACGACUUUUUUUUUUAUUGGUUUACAAAAAUAAUUUUGAAAAUGGUCCAUCGGGCGGUCGAAAAAAAAAAAAAAAAAAAAAACAUUGGAAAAAUAAGUUAAUACUAAUAACAUCAGAACAAAGACAUCAUAUCUUUUAUAACCUUAACACAGAGACGAAAAAUCUAAUUAUGCAAUGAAACACAUCUAUAUCUUCAAAUGAAAUGAGUCACCUAAAAGCACCUUUUGUAACAUCAGGCAAUUUUAAACACUCCAUUAAAUGACAUGCGUUCUUCUCCCAUUAAAACGAAAAACUGCGCUUCAUUUCCGUAAUUCGAUGCGCACCAUUACGCAAUGCGAUGCCCGUUGCAUAAAUCUUAUAUAAGAUAAACUACUCAUACACAAAGUAUGUGUUUGCUCUUAUUGGACUUAUGACAUCGUCCAUGAAAAAAAUCGAGGUAGAUCGAUCCCCGCGUCGUCGCGGUAAUGUUUGUUAAAGUUGUUGUUGUCAUGAAAACUCGUUGAUUUACAACGCAACACGUCUUUAUUAAACUGACGCGAAUUAAUACAAUCAUAUUUGUCAACUUGGCUUUUGCUUUAUUUUGAUAAUUUAAUCCAAAGUUUAAUGUUAGCAAGUGUUUUUACUGGAAUUGUAAACAAGGAGCCAGUUAAAGUCUUCCGAAAAUGUGCAGUCUGUGUGAAUUGACAGUUUGACGUCAUCAAAGGAAAGCCGCUUGCUGUCUGAAGCAAUAAAGCGACAAAUUUCGCGCCGACAAAAUUGGCUUCCUUUGUCUAGCAAUCAACAUGCCGAACCAAUCGUGCGUUUGUUUCUCAAUUGCAAUCCUCCAAUUUAAUAAUAGCACGUGCAUAGCUCCGCCUUCGAAUCUUUUGCAGAGAACGGAGGCGGAGUUUAACGGUUAAUUGAGCUAGUAUUUUUAAUACGCAAGUUGAGUUCCGAUUUGCCGAAAUAACUCGGCCCUAAGCAUUAAAACGACAAAUACAUUUAUCAAUGAUUUUCCGAGAUAUACCGAUUUGUUCCGAUUUCCAAACUUUCUGUACAGUUCCUAUAAACUAUGGCGGACGUGUUUACAAAAUUCCUAAACACAUAUAUCGUAAAUAAUGGCAGUGUUUUAUUGGAUUAUUUAUACUAAUUAUCAAAUUGCAAGGUAAUACUUUUUAUCUACUAUAAUAUCGGGUAUGUUUAAUAUAAUAAACAUGUUAAACAAUAUAGUUGCGUCACAGACUCGGAAAUAAAUUUUGAUGCGGUCGACAUUUUACUGACGCUGAUUUUCCUAUUGUCUGUAAUUAAAUAAAUUUUGAGAAGUGCCCAUAAAAGGACUGGUACAUACUGUGUCACAUUGAAAAAUAUCCCGAUCUCUGUAAUAUAUGUGAACCAAUCGUUGAUUGUACUUACUUGAUUUUAUUCGCAACCGUACUCAAACCGGAUCGUUUUUUUUUCUCGUUUCGCUCGUUUUUCAGUGCGGUCGGGAAUAAAAUAUAUAAAAAAAAGACGAUUUUCCGAUUUUAUUUUUUUUCCCAUUUUCCAAAAAUUAGGGUCGGCGGUUUUGUAAACCAAGAAAUAUAAAAGUCGUGGCCUAAAGUCCACAGUUUUCAUCCAAUCAUUUCCCAACUUGCACAGUGUCUUUAUCUUAAUGAGGAGUCAAACCCUAUUGAAAAUGAGCAAUAUCGGAGUUAUAAGUCCAGAAUUAUCUCCCCUUGAAUUUGAGAAAAAAUGAAAAUCUUUAACAUUUUGCCAUAACUUUUGCAAUAUUGAAGAUAGCAACUUCAUAUUUGGCAUGCAUGUGUAACUCAUGGAGCUGCACAUUUUGAGUGGUGAAAGGUCAAGGUCAUCCAUCAAGGUCAAAGGUCAAAACAAAAAAAUCAAAGAGGCGCAGAAGGGGACAUAGUGUUUCCGACAAACUCAUUUCUUGUUUGUUUACAUAUAAAGUUCUAUCCUUUUGAAACUUUAACGGAUGUUUUAUAUUAUCAAGGGCCAGAACCCCAUUGAGAAUGAAGACAAUUUGUCCAACUUAUUGUUGAAAAGGAGCCAUUUGAAGUUUAAAUUUUACGUUUCUUCUUGUUCCCAUUUUGGAUCUGUUUGUUUAAAACUUACUCAGAUUGUUCAUACUAUCAAGGGCUUGAGCCCUAUUGAUUUCAGCCAGUAGAGCGAUUCAGGCCCUCAUGGGCCUCUUGUUAAUUGUUGUUACAGUGAUUUAGAUAUGAACCUAUUUGUUAUGGAAUGUGAAAUGAAACUUAUGUCUUUUUAUCAUGAAUAAACACUUCAAACUCA